AUGGAUGAAAAUUUGACAAAUCCCGAUCCCUCCACCAAACCGUCUGAUGAAUAUAGCUCAGGAUUAUCAUCCUUACCACAGAAUACUGCUUCUGAUGGUCGAGGAGGUGCUGAGCCCGAUUCUUCAAACAUACAAGAUAAUGACCCAGUGGCAAAAAAAAGUAGUAUCUCAGAUAAUGCGACAGAGGCGCCUCAUUUAUCUCUGGCCGAAGGGAUUGAGGCAAAAGAUGAAGACAUGAAUGACGUUCAAAAUGAAGUGAAGUCCACUCAAGAACACACCAGCAAUGGAGAAAACCUCGAAAUUUCCACAUCUGGCCAGUUAGAGAACACUAAAGAAUCGAUUGAAUCCUCAGCACGCGAACAUCUCAUUUCUCAAGCUCACUCCAUAAUUCUCCCAAGCUACAGCACAUGGUUUGACAUGACCAAGAUUAAUAACAUCGAGCGAAAAGCGCUUCCCGAAUUCUUCAAUAACCGAAAUAGGAGCAAAACCCCAACCGUAUAUAAGGAUUAUCGAGACUUCAUGAUAAAUACUUAUCGACUCAAUCCAGUCGAAUAUCUGACAGUUACAGCCUGUAGAAGAAAUCUUGCUGGCGAUGUCUGUGCUAUUAUGCGGGUUCACGCGUUUCUUGAACAAUGGGGCUUAAUUAAUUACCAGGUUGAUGCUGAUCAACGUCCAUCCACCGUGUGUCCACCAUUCACCGGUCACUUUAAAGUUAUCUGCGAUACACCCCGGGGACUUCAGCCAUGGCAACCUGCAACAGAUCCAGUUGUAAUCGAGGGGAAAAAAAACACUGACACCGAUGUCAAAGCCGCUGCCGGACAAGCGCCCCGGUUUGAUUUGAAUCUUGAUGUAGGGAGAAAUAUUUAUGAGGCUACCCCCAGAGAUUCCAAAUUUCCUGCAAGACUCCUCGAGAAGCAGACCAAUGGAAAUCCACCAGCGACUAACGGAACAUCGGACACGGGCUUAAAGAACCAAGAUGACGAGAAAGCGCUAGUAUCUAAAGUUCAUUGUUUCUCUUGUGGUAUUGAUUGUACCCGUGUCUACUACCAUAACUCCCACACGGAAUCUGGAACUGUGAAUUCUGGGAAAAUAAAAUAUGAUUUAUGCCCAAACUGCUAUUCUGAGGGACGAAUGCCUGCAAAUCAUCAGCAGUCCUUUUAUCUUAAGAUUGAAAAUCCCACUUAUUCCGCAAUAACAGAUCGAGAUGCACCGUGGAGUGAUGGUGAAAUUCUUAAACUUCUGGAAGCAAUGGAACGAUAUGAUGAGGAUUGGAACGAAGUAUCAGAAUUUGUCGGCACUCGAACGAAAGAAGAAUGUGUAAUCAAAUUUUUGCAAUUAGAAAUUGAGGAUAAAUAUUUAGAUGCGGAACCAAUAAAUCGUUCUACUGGAAUUAGCAUGCUUGGCCCUCAAAACGGCCAUCUACCGUUCAGUCAAGCAGACAACCCUGUCAUGUCAGUAAUUGGGUUUUUAGCAAGCCUUGCAGAGCCAAAUGUAACGGCAGCUGCAGCUGGAAAAACCGUUGAUGCUUUGAAACAAAGCUUAAGAAACCAACUAGAUCCUAGUAGCGACAAAAGCAGGGAAAAAAAUAAUACUGACUCAAUGGACAUUGAUCCCGAACAAGAAGCUGUGAACAAUACCCAGUCAACCAGCGCCUUGGCAUCUAUACCACUUGCUGCAAUGGCUGGAAGAGCCGGUGGUCUCGCAUCUCACGAAGAACGAGAGAUGACACGCCUCGUCUCUGCAGCAGUCAAUACUUUAUUACAGAAGCUCGAUCUAAAGCUAAAGCAGUUCAACGAAAUGGAGCAGAUUCUCCAGGCCGAGCGAAGAGAACUUGAAAGAGGUCGCCAGCAAUUAUUUCUCGAUCGACUACAAUUUAAAAACCGGAUGCAAGAUGCUCAGGAGAACUUAAAGGUAGCGACAGCAUCGGGGGUUGCACAAGAUAUAAAAUUGGACCAAGAUUUUAUGAAGUCGGACGAGCGGCUCUCUUUCCACGGGGUGACGCCCGCAGCUAGAACCGUGCAGCCAUUGAGUGCCGAGGGUCAGAUAAAAAGUUACGAAAUCUAA